CGUUAUCUCCCUUGCCCUGUUCACUUUCCACUACUAUUUCUUCUCCACAAAAACAAUAGAGAGAGAGAGAGAGAGACUCAAAACAGAAGCUUUUUAGUAUAAUAUUGAGAGAGAUGGGGAACUGCCAAGCCAUUGAUAAUGCAACACUCCUUAUACAACACCCCAGUGGUAGAGUUGAUAAACUCUAUUGGCCUGUCACUGCUAACGAAAUUAUGAAAAUGAAUCCAGGCCAUUAUGUUGCUCUUCUUCUUACUACUACCACCUUGUGUCCGCCCACUAACCCCGCCUCCGCCACCGCCACCGCCACCGCCACCACAAACAGAAAUAACAGUGUAAGCAAAAAUACUGGUAAUAUGCCAGUCCGUAUAACGCGGAUUAAGCUUCUCAAGCCAACGGAUACACUUGUUUUGGGUCAUGUUUACAGACUAAUUACUACUCAAGAGGUGAUGAAAGGGUUAUGGGCUAAGAAGUAUGCCAAGAAGAAGCAGCAGCUAGACUCCGGGGAGGUACAAGAGAAGUCAACUCAUGAGAAUUUAUCAACUUCACAGUCCAAGAAUGGACAAAGAAGAUCUGAAAUGGACAACUCCAAACAGGUGAAACAAGAAAAGCAUCGGAGCUCAACAGGUGCAAAACCGAGAACAUGGCAUCCCAAACUCCACAGCAUAUCUGAGGCUACAAGCUGAGACUUUGAUGCUUCUAUUUGGAUUUGUGUAUGAGAUAUUCUGGACUAGGAAAAGGAGAAACCAUAUUUCCACCAGAAAAUUAAUAGAAAAGGAAAAAAAUGGGUAGUUUUUCGUCAUAAAAUUAGAGCUAGCUAGCACGUCUAGCUAUGCAGAAUUAAUCACAUGUACAGCAGAUAUGAUCAGAAUGGAAACCCCCAAAAAAGAACUCACAUGGCUUAACUUUGUAAUCAUUUGGAUGCCUUCUUUAAUUGAAAACAUUGUACGCUUUGUUGGAAUCACCAAAUUUUGUUA